AUGCGGUUUUCUCAAGCACCUUCGACUCUCCUCUCACUUCUCUUCAUCGCCUUGUCUAAUAUCGACAACGCUCAAGCAUGGCCAUUAUUAGGAGAGUUAGAUUUCUCCUUCUUGCAAGGUAGAGAGACUUGCGCUUCUUACUGCGGCGCCGAUAGUCAAUUCUGCUGUACAGCAGGACAAGCUUGUACCACAGACCAACAAAACGUCGCUGCCUGUGUAGCUGCCACAAGCGUUGCGGUAGCGACAGGUGCAAACGGAAUUCCAAUUUACACUACCACCUGGACCGAGACCGACCUUCUCACAAAGACAAGCACAGCAUACAGCUAUCCUGCUACAUCAGCUACAACUGUAGCUCCUGCCGCAGCUAUAUGCACCACCAGCUUAGGGCAAACUUCAUGUGGCACUAUCUGUUGUGCCAGCGGCCAGGUAUGCGCGGCUGCGAAUUCAUGUUCAGCCUAUGCCUCUAGCUGGACAUAUUUCCAAACUACCUCGGAAGCAGCAAGUUCUUCCUACUCUGCACCUCUGCGACCAACCAGCGCUGGAGUCUCGACAGCGACAUCGGUUGUCUCUGCAACCACUACUCAGCCAUUCGUAUCCCCUGCCACUGCCAGCGGAAGCUCACUUCCCAUCACUUCGAGCAGCAGCAGUAAUGGUCUGAGUCCAGGAGCAAUUGCAGGAAUCGUCAUUGGUACCAUCGCGGGUAUCAUUCUCCUGAUCCUCAUCUGCUUCUGCUGCAUCGUGAGAGCCGGAUUUUCAGGACUCCUCGCACUCUUCGGCCUGGGCAAGAGUCGACGCAGAUCUACCGAAAGGGUAGAAACAGUAGAGCGGUACUCGAGACAUGGAAGCGGAACUGCGGCUUCAAGGAGAGAUGCACAUACUGGCUGGUUCGGCAUGGGGGGCAGAGCGAAGCCCGCCAGUAGCAGAAUCGUCUCGGAAAAGAACAGGAAGAAAUCAGGCGGCUUUGGUGGUAUGGGGGCUGUCGGUGCGGGAUUGAUCGGUCUGGCUGUUAUAUUAGGAUUGAAGAGGAAGCAUGACAAGAAGUCGGUGCAAUCGCAUCACCAUUCGUCGGAUGUGAGUAGCGGGUAUUAUACGGAAACCUCCUACACAGGGACUAGCGCAACGCAAGUUCAGACGAUAGAAGAACGAGAGAUACAAGGCACAGUCGACCCUCCGGGAGCAGACGCUAGUUGUGUGUAUUUCGAUAUGAAAAUAAUUUGA